GAGGAGGGCAGAGAGGAGGAGGGUAGAGAGGUUCACUGUGGGCAGGCAGUAUCUGAUCUGUCCUGCAUUCCUCGCGGUCAGAUGGAUUAUGCUUCCUCGCGAUGGAGAUCAGCGCGGGCUCGAGAUCUGUGAGCGAAAUAUCUGAGCUCGGUUACCACCGGGAGGUGUUCUAUGAUUGGCCAGUUAACCAGUGCGUAGUGAUUGGUGGGAUUCUGUAAGCGUGUGACGGAAAUGUAUCGCCUCUUACCAUAUUUGUAACAUCAGGUUCCAAUGCAAUUGUACUGACAGGUGACAUCAUAAGGGCUUUGCAUGGAUGGCUGACGGAGAGGCGCGUCGAGCAAUCACAGGACAAUGCUGGCAAGGAACCGUUUCAUCAUAGUGCUGGUGGUGGGGGUGCUGCUGGCAGUGCUGAGUUUCAGUCUGCAGUAUUUGCACCUGAUUCCAACCAAUCCGGUGGCAGAGCAGAGGUCACAUGGUAAAAACAGGAAGCGAGUGAAUCCGGUUCUACACACGGAGCCGCCCAGCCCAGACCCCAUCAGAGACACCCAUCAGUACUGCAACUACCCCAACAUCUCUGAACAUGGCUGGGAGGGUCACAGUCUGGCUGACUACAGACUGCUGUCGGUCCAGAUGAUGAUUCGUCAUGGAGACCGGUAUCCUCUGUACUCCAUCCCCAAAACUAAGAGACCUGCUAUAGACUGCACGCUGUCAGACAAGAGAAAGCCCUCUCAUCCCCUCCUGGCCUCCUUUGUUAAUCACAUGGCUGUGGGAGGGCGUGGUCACUGGGACGCAUCAUUGGGAUCUCUGCCCCGAUUACCCAAUCACAGCAGCUGUGAGAUGGGCGAGCUCACACAGACAGGUGUUGUACAGCACUUGAAAAACGGCGAUCACCUUCGUCAGGCCUACAUCAAGCGUCACAAUCUGCUCACGGAUGAUUGGUCUCCAAGGCAGCUGUGGGUGGAGACCACCGGUAAAAGCCGGACCCUGCAGAGCGGAUUGGCUUUCCUCUUCGGCUUCCUGCCGCGUUUUGAUUGGUCACGGCUGACGGUGAGACAGCAGUGGAGUACUUUGUUCUGUGGUUCCUCGUGCGACUGUCCCGCACGAAACCGAUAUUUGGACCAGGAGCAACGCAGGCAGUACCGGCAAAGGAUUGCAGACGCAGAACUCGAGCGCACAUACGUUGCCAUGGCAAAGACUUUGGUUGUGGCGACGAAAACUCUCAGGGCAGCCAAUCCGGUGGAUGCUCUCUUAUGUCACUUCUGUCACCGUCUUCCCUUCCCCUGCUCCAGCACACCCAACACAACCAACACUCAUCCUGAGGGGGCGUGUCUUACGCUACAGCACUUCGCCGUGAUUCGUCGGCAACAGAAGGAAGACGAACUGGAGCGUCGGAAGGCGGGGAUUUACCGUCGCUACGCAGUGCUGGCCGCGCAUCCGUACCUCAACCGCACCGCGGCACGCAUGGAGAGGAUUGCGAAAGGCAGCCAGACGGACAGAGGAAGAGAGGAGGCGGUCUUUGCUUUAGCAUCCGCUCAUGAUGUAACCAUGGCGCCGUUGCUAAGCGCACUGGGCCUGGAAGGAGCGGGAUUUCCGAGGUUCGCCGCCCGGCUGGUGUUUGAGCUGUGGAACAGCCCAGACGUGAAGGACAAUGGGGCGAAUGAGAGAAAGAAAAGAGGAAAUGGGUCGGACAAUAUGUUCAUUCGUGUUCUCUAUAACGGCGAAGACUUGACCUUUGACACAGCCUUCUGCCGGGAUCACAGUCGCAGCAGCGCUCAGCCUCUGUGCCCUUUAGGGAAAUUCCUGUCUUUCGUUCGAAGGGAUAUGUUUAAUAUUGUCAAUGCUACAAGUUACCAGCGGGCAUGCCAUCAAACUGUACUUUAGAGACUGAAAGAGAAAAAAAAGACACAAGAACGAAGGGUUCACCUAAAAAUCAAGACUCUGUCGUUCACACAUCCUCACAAAUUCAAACCAUAAAGUGUAUUUUGUAAAACACAAGAACUUUUGCUGUUUGCACAGCUGUAUACAGUGACCAGGUGCUUUCAUAAAGGAUUGUAAAACAACUUUUCUAUAGGAUUGACAUUCGGUGACAACAAAUAAUCAUUUCUUCAGGUCGAACGGUUUCUUUGUGUUUAAAAUCAGUGGACCAAACAAUUGUACUUGCACAAAUAGUUUGUUAAACCUACAAUCAACUGACAAAGUCAGAUUUUGUUUAUAACAGUCAUUGUGUGUAGAUGAGAUUUAUCCGUCGAUUGAUUGUACAUCUGGAUAUAUUUGUAUUAUUUAAAAUGAGGACACAAAACUGCAUAAAUCCGGCACUCAGACCGA